AUGAAUAAUGUGAGGAGUGAAGGAGGAAAUCCCAUGAGGACUUCCAUAACGACGCCUGGAGACGAGGCGUAUGCUCCAGUGUGCACGUUUUUUGCGUGUUGUGUGUGCCGCCGCACGGUGUCGCUUGAUGGACAAAAAAUGACAUCUCAAAAGAAUCUCCCAGUCCCAUCCGCAAAACGUCUUUCGUUGUCGGGGUCAUCAUCCCCGUCAUCUAUCGGUGGGUUCCUGAUGUCAUCACGGACGACACGUCAUUUAGACGAUGAGGCAAAAGAGCGUCGUCGCCGUCUUCGGGAUGAUCAAAUGAGUGUUCUCCGUAAAAUUGAAGAAGAAUUUCAGCAAUUGGAGGAGCAGAAGCAGAAAACAUUUUCUCAGGAAAAGGCUGACUUGGAGGAUGAUUGGGAGGAGCGCGAAACCCUGCGUCGGCAGAAACUGCACCCUGCGAUCAAAGGAUCCCUGUUGACUGCGGCGGGAAAGUACGCCCCGCUUUCACCAUCACCACUCUCGCCGUGGCUGAAUGAACGGUACGCCGUGUUGAGAAAAAAUAUGUCUCUUGUGCGAAGUGGCGAGCCUCAGACGGUAACAUCGAACACGAAACGCACGACAAUUGCCCAAGAUCGCAUGGUCACGCGUCUCGCACCAUUUUUUGUAUAUCAAUAUGAGUGGUUUGCUCCCGAAGAGCCCGCUGUGUACAUGCAGGAGCUAUGGCGCAUGUUUCACAAUGGUCCCGUUCCACCACCGCAGCCCUCAAGCAAACUAUCCGCUCAACAAACCGAAUUUCGUUCGGAGCAACCGUUGCCACGAGCCACCGCGACACCCGACGCUGCGGCCAUGCAAAUGAGUGCAACGCAUCGACGUGCAUCAACGCAAACAGCAUCCGAGCUUCCGGUACCACCUGCAGAUGUUCUAGUUUCGCCGCUGUGUCCCUUUACAUGCGUUGAACCCUCUUCUGUGGCUUCAGGAGAAGAAACGUUUGCCCUUUCUCCCCACAUGUCCGUUGCCGCGGGAAAUGUUUUGCCCCCGCGCAUCAGUCAGAUAACGGCACAGGCAACCGCAAAUUCGCCACACUCGGCACGCAUUCUUAAUAUGCAGAAAAUUAAUUCUAUGGUGCCUCACGCGGGGGGAAAAUACGCCACCAUGAUCCCUACAGCUGCGCAAAAAGCGGGAACGACAAGCGUUGACUCAUCCCUGACAACAGCAUCUUCGCCGGGGCAGCCGUGCAUCCCAAAUUUCUCCAGAGAGGCAUUUCUCUUUGAAUUUUCUCGACACCUGAUGCGUCUUGUAGUGCAUAAGAGCCGCACGAACGUUCCGCUCUGUGUGCGUUGUUGGAAAGACUCUCUAGAGGCGCAGCAAAAGGAAACGACCCGUAUCAUGGAGGACAUCAUUGCCCUCUCGGCGGUGUCUGCCAGCCCUGAUGCGAAAAGUUUUAUCCUCUGCUUUUGCUCACGCCGUAAGAGGGAUGUGGCAAGCGAUGAAGCACAAGUCAGCAUCACAGGGAGAGUGGACAUCACCGAUCGUAAUGAAAAAACUUCAGACAGACGGCAACUUUCCGAUAGCGAUAACAGGCACACAAAUGCUGAUACGACCGAAAAUGAUGUCAUCUCUCAGGAGUCGUUGUACCGCUUGCAAAUUGAAGUAUGGGAGGUGGAGGCGAAUUCAAGACUGAUGGCGAAAGCUUGCCAAGCUCUUCAUGAUGAGCUGACUGUGCUCUCAAAGCAACGAACGGCGGUAAAGCUUGAGUGGGACGAAGCAGUCGCUAAGUACAACGCUCGGAAAGUGGCUUCUUUUUUUGAUAUAGAAGAUGCCGCGUCUGGGGUAUCAUUGCGCAUGCAGCUUGCAGCCUGUAGUUGUACAUGGAUGUCGAAACUACAUGCGAUGUCUUUGGCGUUCCCUAUCGACACAAGUGGAACGGUGGCCACUAUUGCGGGUUUUCGGCUUGGAAAAUGUCCUACAGCUGCGCCGUCACGGAGAAGUUCAUUUGCUGCCCAACAGCGCCGGGCCGCGUCUGCGCCACCGUCAAAGACCAUAUUCGCAGCGGAGAUGAGUAGAAGUCUCGAGUCAACAAUGCUGAUGAAUCAACUACAUAUGCAGAAGGAAUACGCACGCAGCCUUCUUGGGAGCCGCAAUGACAGUGUAAGUAUAGCGGAAAUCAAUCAGGCAUGUGGAUAUCUGUUGCGGCUCUUGGAAACCAUCAUUGGCCAUCAUCGUAUUUCUCUGCCAACAUUUGUGCUGCGACCGAAUGGAGAGCAAAGUACCGUGGAAUUUGUUCCCGCACGGGGGUCAUCGAUGCAGAUAACACGUCGCUCGUCGGACUUUUUUAUUUCUGAAAAGUUUUUUUCAUGGAGAACUUUCGGUGCCGCAUGUGUCAUUGUCGCUUCAUGUGUGCGGGAAAUUGCCACUUGGAUGAAAGAGCGCCUAAUUUCUCUAAGAGAAGCCGUUUACCGGCGCCUCAUUGUGGAGCAGGGGGCGAUGCAGUCCGCGUGGGUCUCUUCUGCCACCGCCGUUUUGGAGUCAAUAGAGUCGGUUGACGCGCCAUACGAUAUCGUGCAUGACAAGGUGGACGGUUUCCCUGUACGCCACGGCGACGUGAGUGAGAAUCUCUGGACGUUGGGGAUGAAAAAGUUGCUGGAAGUUGUUCAAUGGUGUGUAUUGGUCUCAACAAACGUGGACGAGUUGCAACGUGUACUGGAGGAGACGUAG